GAUGGAGGAUAGAACAUGUAUAACACCAACCAAUCACAGUUCACAAAACCAAAACUGAAAAUCCCAAAAUCAAAUCCUCCUCCCUUCUGUUUAUUUGCCCAAUCAGGACCGUUUUACAGAUUCCAACAUUAAGGAAGUCCAUAAUUCUUCCAAUUUUGUUUCAUAAAAAUACCAAAACCCAAGGCCAGAGGACGCCACACUCCCAUCCUUCCUUCCCUUUCCUCCAUCUUUACAAAUUCCUUCAACUUCCCCAUUAAACCUCUCUUCCCUCCCCUCCUCUCCUCUCCCCCAGUUUUUGGGUUUGUGGGUGCAAAUUUUUUUCUCCCAUUAUUAUGGUUGUUUCGAGCGGUUUUGCCACCACUUUGGCCGGUGCCAAGUUGGAGACUUUGUUACUUAAUUCUACGUCUUCAUCAUCGUCUUCAUUUGGGUCGUCUUCUUUGAGGGCUCAUUUGGCUUCGCCUUCGCAGAUACAGAAUUUUUACAGGCCGGCUCCGAACAAUUGUAGAAUGAUUUUAAUGCAGAGAGGAGGGGUGAGAUUUGAGGUUUCUGCUUCAACGGAUGACGCGGUUGGAACCGACUACAAUAUCGAUCCGGCUAAGGUUUCUAGCUUUUCCGCUCUUGAACAGCUCAAGACCGCUGCCGCUGAUAGAUAUACAAAGGAAAGGGCUAGCGUUGUGGUCAUUGGGCUUAGUGUUCACACUGCACCAGUUGAAAUGCGUGAAAAACUUGCCAUUCCUGAAGCUGAAUGGCCUCGAGCUAUAGAGGAAUUGUGUGGUUUAAAUCAUAUAGAAGAGGCUGCAGUUCUUAGCACCUGCAAUAGGAUGGAGAUAUAUGUUGUGGCACUAUCUCAGCAUCGUGGGGUCAAAGAAGUUACUGAAUGGAUGUCAAAGACAAGUGGCAUACCUGUUUCAGAAAUUUGUGAGCACCAGUUUUUGCUCUACAACAAAGAUGCUACGCAGCAUCUCUUUGAAGUCUCUGCUGGUCUUGACUCACUUGUUCUGGGAGAAGGCCAAAUUCUUGCCCAGGUUAAACAAGUUGUCAAAGUUGGCCAAGGAGUUGUUGGGUUUGGAAGGAAUAUUAGUGGGCUAUUUAAACAUGCAAUAUCUGUUGGAAAGCGGGUUAGGACUGAGACAAAUAUUGCUGCUGGGGCUGUUUCUGUAAGCUCUGCGGCUGUUGAAUUGGCUUUGAUGAAGCUUCCUGAAUCUUCACAUGCUACUGCCAGAAUGUUGGUGAUUGGAGCUGGCAAGAUGGGGAAGCUUGUGAUCAAACACUUGGUAGCGAAGGGUUGCACAAAGAUGGUCAUUGUAAACAGAAGCGAGGAUAGAGUUGCAGCUGUACGUGAGGAGCUAAAGGAUGUUGAGAUUAUUUACAAACCCCUGGAUAAGAUGCUAGCUUGUGCUGCUGAAGCUGAUGUGAUUUUCACUAGCACAGCAUCAGAAACUCCAUUAUUUUUUAAAGAACAUGUUAAGGAUCUUCCUUCUGUUGGUUCAGAGACUGGGGGUUUGAGGUUAUUUAUAGAUAUCUCUGUUCCGAGGAAUGUGGGUUCAUGUGUCAAUGAUGUUGAAAAUGCCCGAGUUUACAAUGUGGAUGAUCUCAAGGAGGUCGUGGCUGCUAAUAAAGAAGAUCGCCUCCGAAAAGCAAUGGAAGCUCAGGCAAUUAUUGCUGAGGAAUCAAGACAAUUUGAAGCUUGGAGGGAUUCAUUGGAGACUGUUCCUACCAUCAAGAAAUUGAGAGCUUAUGCUGAAAGAAUCAGAGCUGGGGAACUAGAUAAAUGCCUUUCAAAAAUGGGUGAGGAUAUCCCAAAGAAAACAAGGAGAGCCGUGGAUGAUCUUAGCCGUGGUAUAGUUAACAAGCUCCUUCAUGGUCCAAUGCAGCACCUGAGAUGUGAUGGCAGUGACAGCCGAACUCUAAGUGAAACCCUUGAGAACAUGCAUGCUCUUAACAGAAUGUUUAGCCUUGAGAUAGAAGUAGCUGUGUUGGAGCAAAAGCUUCGAGCCAAAACCAGCCAGAAGUAAGCUCCAUUAUAAUCACUACAUGACAUUUCAAUUCAAACUAAGGGGAAAACUCGGGUUCACAUCAUUGUAACCUUCACUAUAGUUGUCCAAAUAUAGGUCCCUGGAGGGGAUCCUUGAAUUCAUAGUAUCUUGUGUAAGGCACUCUUCCUAACUUCCAUUUGGGCUGAAUCACGUAAAUCCUGUGUCUUUCUUAGCAACCAUUCAUGUUUCUAAGUUACACAUCAGGAUUAAUGAGUUGAGCUCGAUCGUUGUACUGAUCUGCUUUAGAGUUUAUGGCUUGUAUCUGGGAAACUGUUCAUCAUUGUAAUUACUUUAUCAUUUCAAUACAAAGAUGGGCUUUUGUUGCGAAUA